AUGUCAUCGUCGUCCGUAUCUAAUGGAAUUCUCAAAUUUGCUACACAAUACUCGCUUUAUACUGGCUGUAUUACAUUCGGUUUUGGAGUUAUUGCGGUUCAGUAUUCAACAUAUUUCUUUUAUCCAAUUUUAAUUGGUUUUCUACCUAUUGUAAUUGCAUCAUCGUUUAGUAUCUUAGCUUAUCAUAAUGUUCGUCAUAUAAUUCGACGACAAUUACCAAUUGUACGUCGUAAAUUAGAUAAACAAAUAACAGCAAUGAUUCUUAUACGUGUAAUAGCCUUCGUUUGUUUGUCACUACCUUAUAAUGCUUAUCGUAUCUAUGCCGUUAAUUUUCCCACACCACGAGGUAUGCCUAUGGCAUAUGCAAUUAGUCGAUUGCUUCAAACAAUUUUUCUUUCUAUCUACAUUAUAAAUUAUAUGAUCAGCUGUUAUAUUUUUAUAAUAUUCUCAACACGUUUUCGUCGUCAAGUAAAAUUUGUUCUCGUAAAAAAAUGUUGGCAACGAUGGAAAUAUUGGUGUUGCUCCAUAAAUAAUCGAAUUGAACCUGACAACAAUAUUGAAACACGCAAUUCACAAAUGGAAUCCGAAGAAAAUAUCUAA